UGCAACUGGGGUUGCUGCAAAUAGCAAAGGGGAGAAACAAAUAUUGUCUAUUUUAUAAAAAAGUUUGUGUCUUUCCUUUUCUGGGCAUUACUUAGUCUGUUGGUUUUUUUAUUUUUCUCUGAAAUUUAGCAAAAAGAAGAUUCUUGAAAAGAAAAUAAAAGAUCAAAAGCCUAUAAUUUAAGCUCUUGGGAGAUUAUCAUCUUUGAGUAUAGUGUGCUCAAACUCUUGAGUACGAGCUGUGUUGCUUCGCGUGUAUGCGGUUAAUUGACUGAAGUCCUAUUAUUGGGACGGGUUUUUAAGUUAGUGGUCAUGGCUUAUGGUAAUUCAAGAUCCGUAAGAUUCCAAGAUGAUCUUGAAUCAACAAAAUAUGCAGCGAUGAAUGGAGAUAAUGUGAUUAAAGUUAAGUACAAGAUUGAUGGAUCACGAUUACCUGAGCCAGCUAGUAGAAUGAGUGAAAUGGAACCUAACAGGACUGGGAAAUCCUUGAAGGCUAAAGUAUUAUCGCGGGUUUUCUCAGAAGAUUAUGAAAGAGUGAAGAAAAAGAUACUUGAUCCUCGUGGACCUACAGUUCGUAGAUGGAACAAGAUUCUCUUAGUUGCUUGUUUAAUUGGUUUAUUCGUGGACCCUCUAUUCUUUUACUUGCCGGUGGUCCAAGAUGAAGUCUGCAUAGAUAUAGGAACUAAUCUUGAAAUUGCCCUUACAGUUAUUAGAUCAAUAGCUGAUGUCUUUUAUAUGAUUCAGAUAUAUAUUCGGUUUAGAACUGCCUAUGUUGCUCCAUCUUCUCGAGUAUUUGGGAGAGGAGAGCUUGUUAUAGAUUCUUCAAAAAUAGCUCAAAGAUACUACAAAAAAGGUUUCUGGAUUGAUCUGAUUGCUGCCCUGCCUUUACCACAGGUAUUAAUUUGGGGCAUUAUUCCAAAUUUAAGUGGCUCAACAAUGGCAAAUACGAAGAAUGUCCUUAGAUUCAUUAUCAUUUUUCAGUACCUCCCGAGAUUCUAUCUCAUAUUUCCGCUGUCAUCACAAAUAGUAAAGACUACUGGCGUUGUCACUGAAACGGCAUGGGCUGGAGCUGCUUACAAUUUGAUGCUUUACAUGUUAGCCAGCCAUGUAGGAGGAGCUUGCUGGUACCUUCUAUCAAUUGAGAGGCAAGAAGCUUGUUGGAGACACGCUUGCAGUUUUGAGGAGCGAUCGUGUGAUUUUGGAUAUUUUGAUUGUCGAAGGGUCAAGGAACCACAAAGAAGUGCCUGGUUCCAGACCAGCAAUAUUACAAAGCAAUGUGAUCCUACUACUAGUGAUUACCCUUUUGGCAUUUACAGUGAUGCCGUGACAGCUAAUGUUACAACUGCUUCGUUUUUCAACAAAUACUUCUACUGCCUAUGGUGGGGCUUGAAGAACCUAAGUUCUCUUGGGCAAAAUCUCGCAACAAGCACUUACAUUGGAGAGAUAGGUUUUGCCAUCAUAAUAGCAACUCUUGGCCUAGUUCUGUUUGCGUUGCUGAUUGGAAAUAUGCAAACGUAUCUCCAAUCAACAACUGUCAGAUUAGAGGAAUGGAGAAUCAGGAGAACUGAUACAGAACAAUGGAUGCAUCAUAGGCAGUUACCUCAAGAACUAAGACAGUCUGUACGGAAGUAUGAUCAAUACAAAUGGGUGGCUACAAGAGGAGUUGACGAGGAAGCUCUUCUGAAAGGACUUCCUUUAGAUCUCCGUAGAGAUAUCAAACGCCAUUUGUGCUAUGAUCUAGUUCGAAGGGUUCCUCUGUUUGAUCAAAUGGAUGAAAGGAUGUUGGAUGCAAUAUGUGAGAGGCUCAAACCUGCAUUAUGCACACAAGGCACUUGUCUUGUGCGCGAGGGUGAUCCUGUCAACGAAAUGCUCUUCAUAAUUCGAGGGAAUCUUGAUUCUUACACAACAAAUGGUGGUCGUACUGGUUUCUUCAAUUCUUGUCGCAUUGGUCCAGGCGACUUCUGUGGUGAGGAACUGUUAACAUGGGCACUCGAUCCACGUCCAGGUGUGAUUCUACCAUCCUCCACUAGGACAGUAAAAGCAGUAUCAGAAGUAGAGUCAUUCGCGCUAGUAGCAGAGGACUUAAAGUUUGUUGCAGCACAAUUCCGGAGGCUACAUAGCAAACAACUAAGGCACAAAUUCAGAUUCUACUCACACCAGUGGCGAACUUGGGCUGCAUGUUUCAUCCAAGCAGCAUGGCGUAGACAUAAAAAACGAAAGGGUGCAGCCGAGCUUAGAGCUCUGGAGAAUCUUAUGGAUGAAACUGAGUCAGUAAACGUACAAUUGGAUAAGAAUGCAUCUGCACCUGGAUCAGGCUUUGUAGCCUAUGCAGCAAGAUUGACAACAAGUAGAAGAGGUCUUCACAAACAUUCGAGUUCGGAUUCCAAUGCAGUUAGCUCACUACAGAAGCCUGCAGAGCCUGAUUUCUCAGUUGAUGAAGAGUAACUUAAAAAGAGCAAAUAUAUCAUAUGAAUAUACACAAGUAUACAAAUGUGAGAGGUGUUAUACUAUGUACAUUGGGAUUUUCAUAAUA